CCCCCCCCGCAGAGCUCGUGCGCGCCAUGAGUGACGUCAUCGACCAGGGGCUGGCGCUCUAUUGGGGGACGGCGGGGGGGGCGCCCGGUGACGUCAUGGACACCUACGCCGUGGCCCGUCAGUUCAACCUGGUGGCCCCCGUGUGCCAGUGGGCGGAGCUUCCGCCGGAGCCCCGCCUCUUCCGGCAGAUCGGCCUGGGCGCUGUCACAUGGUCCCCGGUGGUCCCUGGCCCCGCCCCCGAGGAGGAGCUGCUGCCCCACAGCUGCCCCAUAGCCAAGGGGGCGGGGCCGCGCGCGCGGCGGGAGCUGCAGCCCCUGGCCCAGCGCCUCGGCUGCUCCGUGCCCCAGUUGGCUGCUGCGUGGGCGCUGCGGGCCGAGGGCGUCAGCUCCGUCCUGGUGGGGGCCGCGACCCCCCGGCUGCUGCGGGAGCAGCUCCGCGCCCUGCAGGUGCUGCCCCAGCUCAGCCCCGCGACGCUGCAGGAGCUCGAGACCCUCCUGGGGAGGCGGCCACGCCCUAGGCCCACGCCCCUCCCCUCCCAUUGGCUACCUCCUGCAUGAGCCACGCCCCCUCCCCCCAGCUGGCUCCAGGCCCCGCCCCUCGGGCGAGGGGGGGUGUGGUCGAAGGGGGGCGGGGCCCCGCCUGGCCCUUUCCCUCCUUGUUGGUUGGUUGAGGGGGCGGAGCCGGUGAGCAAAGCCCCGCCCACCCCUUCCACAACGCCUUGUGCCCCCGGGAGGGGGCGGAGCCAUGUAAAUGAGAGCAAUAACACCGCCCCCCCGCCAGGGGGCGGCACCUUCGAAGCACAAACCCCGCCCCCUCUGUCCGUCCCCAAUCGCAGCGCUUCCAGUGGGGCGGGGCCCCCGCAUUGCCCCGCCCCCACCCCUCCCCCCCCCCAAAGGUGGGGCAAUAAAGCGGCUUUUCCCACGCGG